AUGGAAGGACUGAAAGAGUUCCUAACUCCAACUCGCUUCAGUUUAUUCGGCUACAUUGUCGCAAUCGUCUAUUUCUUCGCAGGAGUUGUAUUUGUAGGAAUCACAAGCAAGUUGAGACUGAACGAAAGGAGAACGUUUCUUUGCGAUUUCAGCGGCGCACAACCGGCUGACAAACUAUUUCUUCAGGCGCAGUGCUUUGACAAGUAUGAGCAACAUUAUAAUUCUCCGCUGCCGCUUUACGUGUUUGUCCUAUUAAAUUUUGCUACGGUGAUUGUGGUAUGCCUUGUUUACAGUUGGUGUUGCGUGAAAUCUCGAGUGGAUAAGCUACAAGCGGCGGUAAUACCAGACGCAGAAAACCCUCGUCCACGGCCUAGAGUCGAAACUCGUUGUAUUUUCUUCUUGUAUUUCCUUCAUCUCGUCGCACGACUGUCGUUGGGGAUCAUUUUCGCGGUGUUGCAAAACUUCAUGUUUUAUUCAGGCGGCUUUCAAGUCGCAUUCGUCUGCGUUUCGUUGAAUGGCACAAAGAGCGCUUCGUCCGCAAAAAGCAAACCUAUUACAUAUUGUCAUAACUCCGUUGCGUCUGAAAAGGGCACAUGCGCACUGUUGGUCCUUGCAGUUAAUGUCAUAUUUGCAUUUCUGGUCUUCGGGGAAAUUGUUUAUCUUGUAGUGCGAGCAUUUCGAAGAAGCAAAUUCGCGUCUGACUCAGAAUUUUGUGCGAAUUAUUUCUUUCACCAAAGCGUGACAGCUCUGACACCAGUUUGCUCUCGUCAACGCAUGAAAAGGAGAAUACUACAAGAGACAGAAUUUCUGGAACCACUUAUCCACUGUGGUAAGGAAAGCGCAAAUAAGAGGGUUUCUUUGGAUGAAAUAUUCCUCGAUGUGAUCAUUUACACCGGAAGAGCUACUGACGAAUUUCUUAGGGAAUGCAAAAGGCAUCUAAUAUACGACUUUUACUUGAAGCCUGAAAGUAAAAAAGGAUCUGUUGAGAUCAAGACGCGCAAAGACCUUUUUCUAGCCAACGAAGAUGCCGACAACCCUCGCAAAAUUCUUAUCGUUGGUCGCCCUGGCAUCGGGAAGUCGCUGCUCUGUCGAAAGUUGCUUCGGGACUGGAGCAAAGGGGAACUUUUCCGUAACAUUUCGGAGCGUUUUAAGUACGCCUUUUUGUUCCAAUUUCGAUCAUUCUAUGCAGAAACGACAGAAAAGAUUUCCCUUUGGCAAUUGUUUAAUCGCGCUGCUUGUAUGGAAGGAACAGUGGACCAUGGCCUUUUUCAAGAGUUAUUGGACAACCCCGAGACAAUCCUGCUUGUAUUUGAUGGCUUAGACGAAUUUAAGGACCAGAGCAGUUGUACUGCAAACGAAGCCGCACGGUUCGGUAAUUCUCCUACCGAAGAAAUGCCGGUAUCAGCCUUGUUCGUAAAGUUACUGCAAGGCAAACUCCUUCCGGAUGUAACAGUGGUGACGAGCUGUAGGCCGACAGCAUUGGAAAGCGUCGAGGUCUCACAUUUUGAGAGGACUGUGGAAAUUAUGGGAUUUACGGAAGAGAAAGCUCACAAAUAUGUGAACAAAUACUGCCAAGGAGACGGCCACACUGCAGCCAGAAUAUGGGAGCAUCUGAGUAGUAACUUACACUUGUUGUCUUUAUGUUACAUCCCUGUGAAUUGCCGCAUAUUUUGUUACUUUCUGAAGGAGUUAAUCAAGCCAUCUCCACCUGACGCAGGAAGCGUCAUUUUGCCCACAAGACUGACGGACGUGUACCUUGGAGCCCUAAGGUUGUUUGUCUUUUCACAUUAUCCUGAAUUUCGAGAUAAACCAUUUCGAGGAAACGAAAACUUUUCAGAUUCGGUUGAAAAGACUUUGACUGAUCUUGGAUCGUUGGCGAGGAGAGGUAUAGAGGAAGGACGGUUAAUAUUCGAUAAAGAAGAAGUCGCAGGAAUGACAAAUUGUGGUUUGCUGACCCAAUUACCUGACGCAAGGUUGUCACCGGUGGAAUUCAAACAGCGCUUCAGCUUCAUCCAUUUAACCUUACAAGAGUUUCUCGCGGCAAGGGAAAUUUCGAAGAUGGAUCCGGCUGAACUGAAGAUCUUUAUCACUUCCAACGCUGAGGAUCCAAAGUGGCAGCUUGUCAUUCAAUUCGUUGCAGGAUUGAUCCAUGGUAAAAAAAUGGAGGCCAUCGAGGGUAUUGUGUCUUGCCUUCACGAUUCGCUGCUCUCAAAAUCACCUAGCAGACCGUCAAGAAGGAAAGCUUUGCUCAUGAUGAACUGCCUGUACGAAUACAAUGACGCGGCUACAGUGAAGAGAGUAGCCUGAAUGUUAAAGCAGAACAGGGAUUUCCACGGAUUCAUUCAGUUAUGGAACUGUAACGUCACACCUGCCGAUUGCACAGCAAUCGUUUACUUCUUAAAACACAUUGAGCCGCUAAACUACUACCUUGAGCUGACUUGCAAUUCCUUAGGAGAUGGCGGUUGUAAAGAACUUUCAAAGCUGCUAAAAGAGGGAGGUCCAGUCAAACUGGUGAUACCCGAGAACAAUAUCACCGAUCAGGGCUUGAUUGCACUGGUAGAAGCUAUCAGUGCGGACAGUUGCAAACUCAAAAAGUUGAACCUUGUUAAGAAUACUUCGAUCACUCCAGAAGCUUUGGGUCUUUUAUGCGAGUCGCUGAAAGAGAGGAGUUGCAAACUCACCCAUUUGAACCUUGGAGGACUCCAACUCACUGAUAAUGUAUUGACACAACUGUGUGAGUCACUUCAACAUGUGAACUCCUCAUUGACCUACCUGAAGAUGACCAAUGACGACUUUUGGACCGAUGCGCUCAUACUAAAGCUCUGUGAAACACUUAGACACCCAAACUGCCAGCUAACCGCGAUAAGAAUUUCGGGCCAUAAAAUAACAAAUCAAGGAGUACACUACUUCUGUGAAGCACUGGAAUGUAAGCACUGUAAACUUACAUUGCUCAACCUGACCAGCAACCGAAUUACUGCUGUGGUG